UCAGCUGUCAGAUUUCUCAGUACAAAUUUUCUUUGUGAACCAGCCGAUUUACUGAAAUUUCAGUUUAUUUCAAUAAAUAUUACCUUAAAAUCAAAUUUGUCAGAUACUAACUACAACUAAACAAAAUGCAGAGUAUGAUAAAUACCGUUAAAGGGACUGCUCUCGGAGUAGCGGGGUAUCUAACUCCUGUGCUAAAGGAGUCGAAAUUCCAAGAGACUGGAGUGCUGACUCCAGAGGAGUUUGUGGCAGCCGGCGACCACCUGGUGCACCACUGUCCCACGUGGCAGUGGGCCAAGGGGGAGGAGUCCAAGGUCCGCCCGUAUCUACCUGCAGACCAGCAGUUCCUGAUCACCAGAAAUGUGCCAUGUUACAGGAGGUGUAAACAGAUAGAAUAUUGUGAGGACAAUGAGAAGGUGAUAGAAGAUGAACAUGAUGAGGAUGGCGGGUGGGUGGACACACACCACUAUGACAACACUGGCUCACCUACUAUUGAGGAAAAGGUGUGUGAGAUGACCCUAGACGCAGCGGACGCGGGCGACAGCGACGGGGAAGCGGGCGCGGGGGGGGACCGCGACGACGAUGAUGAUGAUGAAGAUGACGACGACGAGGCGGCCGACAUGGAGGAGUUCCAGGAAUCCGGCCUGCUGGAUGAAGUGGACCCGUCCACAGACCUAGCUCAGAAGAAGGAGCCGAAAGUGAAAGAGGCCAAGAGCAAGCAGAGCGACGGCGACGAGAUAGUCCGGACUCGAACCUACGACCUGCACAUCACUUACGACAAGUACUACCAGACGCCGCGGCUCUGGCUCAUUGGGUAUGAUGAGAACCGAACACUCCUGAGCGUCAAACAAAUGUACGAGGACGUGUCUCAGGACCACGCCAAGAAGACGGUCACCAUGGAGUCCCACCCGCACCUGUCGGGGCCCAGCAUGGCGUCCGUGCAUCCUUGCAGGCACGCAGAAGUGAUGAAGAAGAUCAUAGAGACGGUGACAGAGAGCGGCGGAGAGAUGGGAGUCCACUCCUACCUGAUAGUGUUCCUGAAAUUCGUACAAACCGUCAUUCCGACCAUAGAGUACGACUUCACACAGAACUUUAGCAUGAACUAAAGCUGCUGACGUCAGGCUGCUUCGCUUAGCUGUGAGCCGUGCGCUUGGUAAGUGUAAAAUUGUACCUGUAUAAGCUGCACCAAUAAAGAAAUGAAUGUAAGAUGUCGGCCCAUACUUUGAAGUGUAAGACAGGGUUGCAGGUUGAUUGGGAAUGAUUGAGCGCCGCUAUUUUAGAUAGUUUUCUUUGUAGGGGCGGUUUAGAUGGGCGGAUGGAAUAAUAAAGGUACUAUCAUAUAUAUUAUAGAUUGAGAUAUACUAUUGUGGCUUUAGCAAAAUUAUCGUCGUACUCACUGGCUAAGAUGUGUUCCCAACAGUGUGAACAGUGUAUGCUCUUAGUAAGUUGCAUUCGCUUUUGCCUGAAGCCACAACAUUCUCGCUGCUACAUUACAAUAGAUAUUUUAGAUGAGUUGGUAGCUUUGUACAAACAACGCCACCUGUUGGGCGAUUAAAUUAACUAUAAUAGUGUUUAUUGAUUGUAAAUGUAUAUUUUUUGUUGUUUUUUGUAUUUGUAAAUAUUUUUUAUACUGUUAGUUGUAUGUAUGAGAUAACUUUUGAUUGCAUUUAAUUAUCAUUGUACACUAUAGUUUUAUUGUACUGUAGUAUUUUUAUACAUGAAGUAUUUAUAAUAUGGCACACUUUUUGUCUAAAUAUCAAUUAUUAAAAAACUCUCAAUAUUGUAUUAUCUAUAAAUUUUAGCACUGGUAUUCAUGAUAUUUUGUAAGUAUGAUAUUCUCAUGAAAAGCCUAGUAUGCUGAAAAUUUGGUCAAUAAUGAUGAUUGUUUUCGUAUUUACAAACAUUCCUUGGAAAAGGCAUAGUGUAAGUCACGCAGUAAUAUCAAUUAUGUUUUCUGUCAAAAGUUUGAUGACUG